UUCGGACCGCUGCAGCUGGCGCAUUACCGCGGGUUCUCCGGGCGGCGCGCGUCCCCUCUCCUCGGCUCCGGGAUGAUCGGCCAGAAGACCCUCUACUCCUUCUUCUCCCCGAGCCCCGCCGGGAGGCGACGUGCCCGCAGUCCCGAGCCGGCCGACCCGGGGACCGGCGUGGCAUUGGUAGCUGAGGAGAGCGGGGAUGCGGCGGUCAGCCCCCCCAAGAAGGCCCGGGCCGGGCAGGAGGACCCCGGCACGCCGCCCUCCUCUCCGCUGAGCCCCGAGCAGUUGAUCCGCAUCCAGAAAAACAAGGCCGCCGCCCUGCUCAGACUCGCUGCGCGCAACGUGCCGGUGGGUUUCGGUGAGAGUUGGAAGAAGCCGCUCAGCGCAGAGUUCGGGAAACCGUAUUUCAUCAAGCUAAUGGGAUUUGUCGCGGAAGAAAGAAAACAUUACACUGUUUAUCCACCCCCACACCAAGUCUUCACGUGGACCCAGAUGUGUGACAUAAGACAUGUGAAGGUUGUCAUCCUGGGACAGGAUCCGUAUCAUGGACCCAGCCAAGCCCAUGGGCUCUGCUUUAGUGUUCAAAGACCCGUUCCACCGCCACCCAGUUUGGAAAACAUUUACAAAGAGCUGUCUACAGACAUAGAGGGUUUCGUUCAUCCUGGUCACGGAGAUUUAUCCGGGUGGGCCAAGCAAGGUGUUCUCUUACUCAACGCUGUGCUCACGGUCCGGGCACAUCAGGCUAAUUCCCAUAAGGAGAGAGGAUGGGAGCAGUUUACUGAUGCAGUCGUGUCUUGGCUAAAUCAGAACUCCAAUGGCCUUGUCUUCUUGCUCUGGGGCUCUUAUGCUCAGAAGAAAGGCAGUGCCAUCGACAGGAAACGGCACCACGUGCUGCAGACAGCGCACCCCUCCCCGUUGUCGGUGUACAGAGGGUUCUUUGGAUGUAGACACUUCUCUAAGACCAAUGAGCUGCUGAGGAAGUCUGGCAAGGAGCCCAUCAACUGGAAGGAUCUGUGACCCUGAACUGGAGGGCGUCCUGGGCAGUUUUCUAGAAGCUGCUAUCGAAGUAUUUGCCAG